GAAGGCCGCCGGACGGGCCGCAUGCUGCAGGCCCCACUAGAAUUUCUCGCUCGCUUCCCCGCCAAGCGCUCCCCGCCUUCAAAACCGGCAGAAAAAAGUUGGGAUUUUGUGAACCUCGAGAGUUGUCGCCCGGCUACCGCGAAUCGCUCCUUCCAAACAGCCGAUUUUCGAUCCGUUAUCUUUUCCAGUCAUCCUUACCAUCGAAUUCCCCACUCAGAUAUCGACCAUGGGCAAAUCAUCAAAAAAGAGGGAGCGCACCGACGAGGAUGUCGCCGACAACCACGACGCCAAGCCCGCCGUCAAGAAGAGCAAGCUCGACAGCACCGGCAAAGCUGAGGUCACCAAGAAGAGCUCCAAGGUGAAGGAAGUCAAGCUUGAGCCUGUCGCGACCGAGGAGGCACCCAAGGUUAAGAAGGAGAAGAAGGAUAAGAAGGACAAGAGAGACAAGAAGGACAAAAAGGAAAAGAAGGAGAAGAAAGAGAAGAAGUCCAAGAGCAAGGACGUAGCAGCCACUCCCGAGUCGGACGAGCCCGCGCCAGCAGCGGCGCCUUCAGACCCGGAACCGGCUGAGGCCGACGAGGCUGCUACCAACGGCACUAACGGGACCAACGGGACCAACGGGACCAACGGGACCGCCAGCGCCGACAAGAAGAGCAAAAAGAAGAGCAAAAAGGACAAGAAGAAGAAGAGCAGCAAAGACAACGACACUCCCACCACCGAAGCCACCGCCGAAGAGCCCGCCGAGGAAGCCAACGGCGACACCAACGACACCACCACCACGGGCGGCAAACCCAACCGCUUCAUCUGCUUCGUCGGCAACCUGCCCUAUUCGGCCACCGCCGAGGACGUGCGGGCGCACUUCGCGACGCUGCAGCCGACGUCGGUGCGGCUGCUGACGCAGCGCGACGACCCGUCCAAGUCGCGCGGCAUCGCCUUUGUCGAGUUCGCCGGGUACGACCACAUGAAGACGUGCCUCAAGAAGUUCCACCACACCGAGUUCGAGGAGCGCAGCGCGGCGGGGGCGAAGGCGAAGGGUCCGCCGAGGCGGAUUAAUGUCGAGUUGACCGCUGGCGGCGGUGGCAAGACGGCGGCGCGGCAGGACAAGAUCAAGCAAAAGAAUGCCAAGCUCAACGAGGAGCGGGCGAACCGGAUGCAGAGGGAAGAGGAGGCCAAGCUGGAGAAGGCGGCGACGGGAGGCAAGACGCAGGAGCAGCGGGACGAGGACUCGAUACACCCGAGCCGGCGGGCGCGGGUUCCGUACGGGAAAGGCUGAGACUGAGCAGGGAGGGCGGAACGGUGGAAGCGUACCUUACUUACCUCUAUACGUAAAGAUACCCACUUUCUACGGAUGAAUAGAGUUUUCUUGUUUCACC